AUGCCCAAGUUUCUGGCGGUGGAGUUCCACCCCAGGAAGAAGAUCGCCAACCUUUACUUUCUCAUCGUCAGUUCUAUGCAGGCGAUCCCGGCCAUCACGAGCACGUUCGGCUACCCCAUUCUGCUCCUGCCGCUGCUCUUCAUCGUUCUUAUCGACAUGAUCUUCACCAUCAUCGAGGAUGCGAGUCGCCACAAGGCGGACGCACUGGCGAACGCUUCUCGAACGGUAGUGCUGGACAAAAAUAGCGGCAAGUGGACCGUGAAGGAGCGAUGGGAGGUGGCUGUGGGAGACUUUGUCAAGGUGCACAACCGCGAGGAGGUUCCGGCGGACAUGGUGGUGGUGGGGGUACACGAGCGGUACAGACCCAACUGCUCGGGGGCGUGCUACGUCGAGACCAAGUCUCUGGACGGCGAAACUAACCUGAAGAUAAGGCAGGUCCAGAAGGUGCUGCUGGGGAGAGUGGACGGCCACAAGGACCUCGACUCCUUCAGUGGGAGAAUAAUCAUGGAACACCCGAACAAGGCGAUCGCAUCCUUCACGGGGUCGUUGGAGGUCUCCCUAAAGCCCGGGGGCGGAGCCGCCAGUGUUGGUGUUCAUGGCGCCGUCGAUGGCGCCACUAGCUCGACGGCGGCGGCGGGGGGCGGCAGCAGGAGGAAGAGUAGGACUGUUGUCAAGGAGCCGGUCACUCCGGAGAACCUUCUGCUCCGCGGAACAGUCCUGAGGAACACCAAGUGGGCCGUAGGGCUGGUGAUCAGCACGGGACACGACACGAAGGUCAUGAUGUCCAUCGCAAAGGCGCCUGAGAAGACCUCGCACCUGAACACCAGGGUCAACACGGAGAUCAAGGGCCUCGCGGUGAUGCUCUUCCUCUUCUGCCUCACGGGAGCGAUGGGCUCGUCCAUCUGGCAGUCUGCCCAUGAUGAGUUUCGUGCACAGGUGUUGAUGCUGGACACGGAUUUGGUGGCCGACUUCGUGGUGCAAUUCUUCUACUACCUCCUCCUCUUGUACGGGUUCGUGCCGAUAUCGCUCUACGUCAGCCAGAACUUUAUCCGUUUUUUCCAGUCAUGGUUCAUGGAUCAAGACCUGGACAUGUACCACGAAGCGACGGAUACCCCUUCCAGGGUCCGCACCAUGAAUCUGAACGAGGAUCUAGGGCAGAUCACGCACGUGUUUAGCGACAAGACGGGCACCCUGACCCAGAACGUGAUGGACUUCCGGAAGUGUACCGUCGGUGGCAAGUCUUACGGCAAGGGGAUGACAGAGAUCGGUCAGGCGGCUCUCGAGCUCAACGGCGUUGAGCUGUCACAGGAAGAGCUGUCGGCGGAGCAAAUGGCGCAAGAGUUCGCAGCCCCCCACGUCAAUUUUUACGACCCCGUCAUGUUUCGAGAUCUUCAUGCAGAGGCGGAUAGUGGAGACGGUACCGGCCCGCUGACAGAGUUCUUGACGGUGUUGGCCCUCUGCCACACGGUCAUCCCCGAGCGGCCGAACGACAGUGAUGAGAUCGUGCUGUCAGCGUCUAGCCCCGAUGACGAGGCUCUUGUUCUAGGAGCCAAGUACUUCGGCGUGGAGUUCACGGAGAGGAUCGACACCACGGCAGUUAUCCGUCGGACACCGAUGCCCUCCCCGCUCUCGCCCUCGGGCGAAUCUACGAAGGAGACGUUCGACGUCCUACGAAUUCUCGGGUUCAACAGCGUGCGGAAGAGAAUGUCUGUGGUCGUCCGAGGGCCAGACGGCAAGGUCAAGGUUCUCGCGAAGGGGGCCGACACCACCAUGGUGCCAUUGCUCAGGGAGGACACUCCGAAGGAGAUGCUGGACACAACGAUGGAGCACCUGGAAGGCUUUGCGCUGGAGGGGCUACGCACGCUCAUGGUGGGGGUCAAGGACUUCCCGGAAGACGACUUCGACGCUUGGGACGAGGCGUAUGACACGGCGAUCAACGACCUGACGGAGGUGGCGGAGCAGCAAGCCGGCAGGCCCAACAGAAUCGACGAUCUCAUGGCCCAGGCAGAGAGGGGCUUGACGUUGAUCGGAGGCACGGCGAUCGAAGACAAGCUCCAGACGGGUGUGGGAGAGACGAUCGAGAAGAUGGUUAGGGGUGGGAUGGUGGUGUGGGUCAUCACGGGGGACAAGGAGGAGACGGCCAUCAACAUUGGGGUGGCGUGCCAGCUGCUGUGGGCGGAGGAUAGGAUGGACCGAUGCAUCAUCAACACCAAGACGUGUCCCACUCCGACGGCGGUCAAGAACCGCCUCGUGGCGGAGUUCGAGCGGUACUGCGCCGAAAUGGCCGCCUGCAAGAAGAACGGGCAGUCCUGCAAGCCGCGCUGCCUCGUCAUCGACGGCGCCGCGUUCUCCCUCAUCGAAGACGCCCCGCUCACCUCUCUGCACGGUCCUCUGGAAGGGGAACCGAGCCUUAUGAGUCUUGUGUCGGACUCUCCGGCGGUGAGCAUGAGCAUGUCUCAAACCCAGAGGGCGGAUACGACUACGACCGAAACUCCAAGCAGGCUCAAGGCUACGACGUACAACGAGCGUUGGAGAAAAGACCGCCAGACAGCGGCCUCGGUGCUUCCUCCCCGCUCUAGCAAAGAGCUCAACUUCGAUCUGACUGCGACAGGCUCCGAACCGUUGUCUUCCGGAGGACGCGCGUCAGCCGCAGCAGCAACAGAAGAAGGCGCCAUGGAAGGAGCAGUCGUGGCGUCCUUCAGCAGCGGCGGCAGCGACGUCGUCGGCAGCCCUGCCCGAUUAUCCCCCGGAGGGGGCUCCUCGUUACUGGUCAACGGAAACCCGGGUCGGACAGCAGCGGUGGGUGUUCCAUCGCGCCCCGGUGGCACUGGUUUUCACGGGGGUGACGAGAAACAAGAGAAUGAAGGGGGUGUGACCUGGGGGCUGUCGGCAAGCCCCGCGGGAGAGUAUGGCGGCGGCGUCGUUAUCGGGGGGGACGUGGAUGAGGAAGCGGGGGGCCAGGGAGGGUGCGAGAAGGAGCAGGUCGUGGAGGUUAUCCUAGAUGCGGGGGACGCUCUGACCGCCAAGGAAGCGUUGCUGCAGUUCGCGGGCGUGUGUCAGGCGUUUGUCGGCUGCCGCAUGUCUCCGGACCAGAAGCGGCAGCUGGUGCACCUCAUCAAGGACAACAACCCGGACGCCCGGACGCUUGCUGUCGGCGAUGGGGCCAACGACGUCCCCAUGAUCCAGGCGGCACAUGUCGGAGUCGGCAUCAGCGGACAGGAGGGGCUGCAAGCGGUUAACGCGAGCGACUACUCCCUCGCGCAGUUCCGGUUCCUGCAGAAGCUUCUUCUCUGCCAUGGAAGGUUCAACUACCGAAGGAUGAGUUUCGCAACCAGCUACCUCUUCUACAAGUCGGUCAGCUGGGCCGUCCCUCUCUUUGUUUACGCCUUCUUUAACGGGCUAAGCGGACAGUUCUUCUACGACUGGGUGAACUCGAUGCUGUGGGCCCUGCUCUACACCGGCCUGCCGAUCGUGCUGCUAGGGGUGUACGACAUGGAUGUUUUGCCCUCGACAGCGCUAAGGUACCCGUGGCUGUACAGGAACGGGGUAGACGACGAGCUGUUGACCAAGAAGUUCUUCUGGGGGUGGAUAGCGCAGGGGGUGUUGGAAUCGUGCUGGGUGACGAUCCCGCUCAUUUUCUUGCAAAUGGGGGGUCCGGUGUUCAAGGGGGAGACGCCGUCUGUGCUGGGAUUCGGACACACCGCCUUCCAGUCGAUGACCCUGGUGGUGAACAUGAAGCUCCUCUUCGUGCAGAAGCGAUGGCACUGGGUGGAAGCCGCGCUGCUGACGGUAUCGACAGCGCUGCUGUUCAUUAUGUCCUGGCUCCUCAACAUCAGCGUUUACGUCUCCACGAUCGAUUGGGAGUGGUUUGGGGUGCAAACCGCAUUGUUUAAGGACCCGAACUACUGGGCGGUGACAAUUUUCGGUGUGCUCGGCGUGCUGAUGCGGGACAUGGCGUGGAAGGGGUACCACAGAUGGUGGAACCCCAAGCUUCAUCACGUGCUGGUGGAGAUGGAGAAGGGUCACUUGGAGGACAUCGACCUGCCGCGUUCGCUGAGACGCUCCUACUCUUUGCAUCAAGUCGUACAGGAGGACACAAGCACGCGGGUGUCCAAGAUGCGGACUCAGUCCAUCCGGCGCAUGGAGGAUCAUCGGGACGCUGUGAUUCAAGCGCUCGGGGCUUCUGGAUCCGGGCCCGGCAGGAACUUCCAGGCCGCCUCCCCAGAUAUGGCCCCGGAUGCUUCUGCCCGGGCGAGGCGGUCUCUGGACGCCGUGAUUAACGAGGGGGGUAGGCCAAGCAGUGCGGGUGGGAGGCUGACGUCCAUCUCGUCCAUGCUAGAAGGCCUGAGCAGAUCUCCGAUGUCGACGCAGCUGUCCACCACCGGGUCCAACCGACGAGGCCGAAGCGCCGGAUCAUCUCCCAUACUCCCCGCCAUGAUGAAUGCGUUUUCGGAGAGCAGCGCCCUGCCCGGCGGAGGCGGUCGUGGCGAGGGCGUUGUCGUGAGGUACCGCUCCUCCGGCGACCUGAGUCUCAUGGGGCGGGAGGGCAGCGGCGGCGGCCGCGGCGGCACCGCGGGGGCGAAGGCCGGGUUCGCGUUCAGCCACGACGAGGCGGCCUCGCACAGGCAGAUCGAGAUGAUCAUGCGGAAGCGGCCGUCACACACGCGGCGCAUAAGCAUGCAGCCGGCGUCGAAGCUUCCCCCCAUCGACGACAGCUUCCAGGCACACCUCAGGGCGCUGAAGGCCCACAAGGCCGCAACUGUUGCGGACACCAACGCCGACGAAGGCAACGCCGACGCGCGGGGAGGGCAUGUCGCCGCCUCUAGUAGAGUCUCUGGGCACGACAACAGCGCCGGCAGCAGCCGUAGCUUCAGCUUGGCCGACAGCAGCUUCGACGAGGAUGGAGAAGUUGGAGGACUUGCCGUAGUACACGAGCACGGCGGAGAUGAUGCCACCGCAAUCAUUCCGCCGGCGGCGGCGGCCGCGGCAAGUGCCGAGGACGGCGGGGAUGAUGCCGUCGCAAUAGCUCCAGCGGCGGCGGCGGCGGCGGUGGCGGUGAGCCAAGAGGACGGCGGAGAUGACGCCACCGUGAUAGCUCCGGCGGCGGCGACGACGGCGGCAAGCGUGGGCAACGUUGAUGGUGCUACUGGUGACACCGCAAGGCAAAGCGGCGACGGCGAGGAGCAGCCGGUGGUGGCAAGCGUGGGCGACGUUGAUGGUGCUACUGGAGAUGAUGCGACCGCAGUAGCUGCGGCGGCAGCAGCGGUGGCGGGGGCAAGCUUGGGCGACGUGGACGCUGGAAGUGGUGACACCGGAAGGGUUAGCGGCAAGGAGCAGCAGAGCAAGGGGAUAUCACUUAGAGAUAUCCUGAGCAGCUUGCUAAGCGGCAAUGACACGGCUGGGGCCGGAGGUCACGGCAGCGGCAGCGACGGCGACGGUGGCAAUCGGAGGGAGUCCACCUCUAGCCCUGCGGCGGUCCUAGAACCACCGGACGAUUCGGAGUAAUUAGUUACGUUUGGAGCUUCUCUCUCUGGAGAAUGACAUUCAGAGAGACCUUAGGCGCUCGCAGCUGAGAAAGGAUCUUAUUUGACCUCCGAAAACAAGUUGCGCCGCAAUAUUUUUUGGACUGUGCAGAAAACUUCGUGCCACGCUUUUCCUGGCCGCGUGCUUCCCAUUGGUCAGCGCCGGUGCCGCUGAGUUCUGUCUUCUGCCAAGAAUCCUUUUCGAGUGGAGUGACGUAAGCGUGUUGGGUGGAGACGUUAUAUUUUGAUCGAGAAGGGCCCACCCCCCUAGCUACAUGUACCUGUUGUUCGUGUUCCAUAUCAUGUACCAUUCGUUCUUCGACAAGUUUCUGUUAUGCAUAGGUUUGUUUCUGUUAGGACGCGUGCGACAAGUUCGAUGGUUGGAUUGCUCCAAAGCUUGGUUUGUGUUGGUAGUGCCCAAUGCAAGUGGAAGAGGACGCACGGCGGGGAUGGUUUGCGCGCUUUUUGUACGAAUCCUACUAUAGUUGGCGUUUUUUUAGCGCGGCUACUAUGCAGUGGAAGGCACACGCCCCGGUGCGCGCCACCUAUCUGCGCCAAACGUGUGGCUUAGAACCGGUUGAAAUGCGCUGAUUUCAAACGCUGUUGGUGGACCAGCAGAUUUCGGUUCAGCAGCGCAUGCAGUUGGUAGCACAGCAGCAGUCGUUGAGACUCGUUUGAUGCCCCUUCCUCCCGGUCGUGGGCGUGUGCCUUUGGUGGGCGCCUUGUGUGGUGUGAGGUAUUGCUCUGCCGACUCUUAGAUUGCCACCGAGACGCGUCUGUGAUAUUUGUGAGACUUGGCACGGAGCGAGCGGCGGAGUAAGCUGUGCUGCCGCGUAGCGUGCGACAGCGAUCGAGCAUUCUUGCGGGUGCAGCGGGGUGGCGUCAAUAACGUCGGUCGAUUAGCGCCGGUGACCCCUGUAUAGCGCCCGUGAAAUUGCUGGGAACAGACUGAUUCAUCGAAAAGUCAUUCUGUACGUUGAAUAGCGCCGGUUCAUCUGCAUGGUGCCGGUCGAUGUGCCUGGAGGACCCUUCGCUGCUGUAUGCCUAUGGCGAUGUGCCGUUUUCCCCGGUGGGUAGGCAGGAAUCGUGUUUAGCCACGCCAAACCGCAGUGGCUUGCAGCCGCAGAAGCGCCCUUCUUUUCGGGUGUGUGGUGUUGUCGUCUUGUCUUUUUAUUUUUAUCACUAUUGUUUUUUUCCCUCCCUUCGGGAGAUGAUGGGGCUCGUAGCUACUUCGGUUUGGCUCUUCCUGUUGAGCCGUUCUGGGUGUGGCGCUACGCUUUUCGUGGCCGUCAUUUGCUGCAAUCAUCGUCUGCCCGGCGUGUGUGUGUUUUAAGUCAAGUGUUGUGUGACUGGUGUUGGUCCUCCACACCAUGGCGAACGCUGAGUAACAGCAGGUAGAUUCGAAAAGGUCCGGAUGUGCCGAGCUCCCGUUGAAGACGCGAGGGUUUUGCUGCAAGUCUUGCUUCCUGUAUGCAUAGCAGGACGUUGGGUAUGAUCGGCACCCGAAGUCGAGAUCGGGUGUUUUUGGGUUGAUGGGUGAUACUUCGGGUUUCGAUAAGCCAGACGACCUAUUUUGCUUGUAGUGUACUGUAUCAUACGAAUUUGGAAUAUUUCCUCUGUCUGUAUCAGGUGUUUUCAUGUUUUUUUUUUUUUUCACGAGCAAAGAGAACGCUCUGUGUAGCGGCGUAUGGUCAGUCCAAGCCCAAUAUCAACAAUUGCGACACCCACUUUAUGAAUUGUUUCCCUGCACCCAGGUGGUUGUUCGCAAAACCGAAAGUACCGGCAAACGCCCUGUUUCCAGGUGCAGGUCCCUGUGGAAAGUUUUUUUUUAUUUUUUUCUUGUUGUCGAUUUAUUUGCAAAUAUCCGGAAAAUCUUGUUCACUUUUUCCUGGGGUGGGCUUUUGUCAGACCACAAUUAUGAGACCGGAUUUCGACAGCUCUCGCGAUUCCCCAGGUGGAAUUUUUUUCCGAUUUCGAUUUCAGCAAAAAUUGAUGAAGUUAUCGCCGAAAAACUGGAUUCGAGAGACCAUUUUGUUCACUUUUUCCCUCCGACAUUCA